AUGGAGCAGUCGAUCUAUUACAAUGAAUACAUCAUCUCGAGCAAUAACAGUAUCAACGAGAACACAUUUAAUGAUCAGAAGUUCAAGAGAUCACCGAGCUACCGUUUGAAGAAAUUCUUAAAGUUUUUGAUCGGUAAGCCAAAUAACAACAACAAAUCUCUGGGAACAACAAAGUUGAAGACAACUAAAACGGUUUGUAAAUGUAAGAACUAUUCGUAUGAAGAUGAAGAAGAACAAUACGAAGAUGAUUACAUUUACGAUUACGACGCUGAAAUCGACAACAAUGAGUUCAAUGAAGAACUUGAAUCACGAAUUAUUGAUGAAAUUAAGCAAUGCGAUGAGACAUCGGCAAUUUACGUUUACGAUGAAGAAGACAAUUGCAAUUUGACGCCAGUUUAUAACGACGAAAUUUACGUUCCAGUUCACUUCGCAAGAACGGAAGAAGGAACAUUCUUUUGGACAACAACACAACGCACUGACAGUGAUUUGAUUGACUCGAAAGAUUGUGAAAGCAGCCGACAAUUACCAGCACAACAAAGUGAUUCCUUUGAUCGCUGGGUCCAAGCAUAA